UGAAGGACUUGACUUAAGCUACAGCAAGUUUCACUACGACUUCGAUCGCCACAGUAUUUACAUCAGAACUGUUUCCUUUAAACCUGGGAAGAAUAAUGAGAUAUUUAUAAUGAUUGCUUCCAUUCUGCUUAUACUUCUGCAUGUGAUCCGGCCGACACUUCAGUUGGAAUCGGACACAUUUUUGAUUUACAAUGAAGACCACAAGAAAUGUUUACAAGCUCAGAAGAACCUCAUUAUUGUGGCUCCCUGUACAGAGGACAAUAAAGCACAGAAAUUCCGCUGGAUCUCUAAGCACCAGCUGAUAAAUGUAGAAAUGUCGCAGUGCCUGGGAGUAUCCGCAAAAAAAGACAUGAGCUUGGCCGGCUUGUUUUCAUGCGAUGGUGUUAGCGAGCUCCAGAAAUGGGAGUGUAAAAAUGAGACUUUGUUUGGUAUACAGGGGGAUAGCCUUCACUUGAACUAUGGCAACUCAAAAGAAAAGGUGAUUAUUUAUAAAGGAUCUGGUGGCUGGAGCCGGUGGAAGAUCUACGGAACGCCUGAUGACUUGUGCGUUAAGGCCUAUGAAGAGACCUUUUCUUUAAAUGGAAAUGCUAAUGGUCAGCCCUGUGUCUUUCCAUUCAAGUUUAACUCCAAGUGGUAUGCGGACUGUACCACUGAUGGAAGAAAUGAUGGCGGUCUCUGGUGCUCUACAACAGCAGAUUAUGAUAAAGACAAGCUGUAUGGAUUUUGUCCACAUAAAUCUACAAUGGAAAAUAUGUGGACAACAGAUUCCAUCACUGGAGUCAACUAUCAAAUAAUUUCAAAUGCGGCUCUGACUUGGUACCAAGCGCGGAGGAGCUGUCAGCAGCAGGAUGCGGAAUUACUAAGUGUAACUGAAUUACACGAGCAAACGUACAUUUCAGGAUUAACCAAUACUGUUACAGCACCCUUAUGGGUGGGUCUCAAUAGUCUGGACUUUAACGCCGGUUGGAAGUGGGACAAUGGAAAUCCAUUCCGAUACCUUAACUGGCUUCCAGGAAACCCUUCAGCAGAACCAGGGAAGAACUGCGUGGCGCUGAAUCCUGGAAAAAACGCUAAGUGGGAAAACAAAGAGUGUUCCCAAAAGCUAGGAUACAUCUGUAAAAAGGGCAACAUCACCUCCUCCUACAUCCCCCCGUCUGACACUGAGCCCAUCAAUUGCCCACCCAGCUGGAUCCCCUAUGCUGGCUAUUGUUAUUCACUGCAUAAAGAAGCCAAGAUGUGGAAAGAUGCCAUGGUGUCCUGUAGGAAAGAAGAAGGAGACCUGGCCAGUGUGUACAAUAUUGGAGAUUCCGGAUUCGUUACUUCUCAGUUCGACUUCGAAGCCGCAGAGUUUAUUUGGCUUGGGCUGAACGACUUGAAGACACAGCUGUUUUUUGAGUGGAGCGAUGGCACCCCGGUGUCUUAUACGGUGUGGCAGAGUGGAGAGCCUUCUCACCUCACUAACAAACAAGAGGAUUGCGUGGCUCUAAACACCAAGGACGGUCGUUGGGCAGAUAAGAUGUGUGAGAAGAAGUUCCCUUAUCUUUGCAAGAGAAAACCUUUGCCAACCGAUCAUGACCAGAGGCCAAUUUUUGAGCCGGGCUGCAGUAAGGGAUGGAAAAGGCACGGCUAUUAUUGCUACUUCAUAGGAGAGACAGCAUCCACCUUUACAGAUGCCAACUCCACUUGUAAUGGCAAUGCAGCGUAUUUGAUGACCAUUGAAGACAGAUUUGAACAGGCAUUUCUAACAAGUCUGAUCGGGCUUAGACCGGAGAAAUAUUUCUGGACAGGACUCUCAGACAUGGAAGAAAGGGGGACUUUUAAAUGGACCACCAACGAGAGGGUUUUGUACACUCACUGGAAUGCAGAAAUGCCUGGGAGAAAACAAGGCUGCGUUGUGAUGAGAACCGGAAACAAAGGCGGCUUGUGGGAUGUCAUCAUAUGUAACGAUAAGGCUAAGUUUGUGUGCAAGAAGUGGGCAGAAGGUGUGACACCGCCGCCAAUCCCAACAACAACGCCGGAGCCAAAGUGCCCAACUGGAUGGAGGACAAGCCCCCAUACAAGCACCUGUUACAAAUUAUAUACAAAAGAGAAUGACGAGAAGAAGACAUGGAUUGAAUCCCGGGACUUUUGUCGAGCCGUAGGAGGAGAUUUACUCAGCAUGAACAGUAAAGAUGAAGAGCAGAUAGUGUCCUCAAUGACGACACAAGCCGGCUUGUACCGCCACAUCUUCUGGAUUGGUCUAAUUAGCAGGGAUCCCACUGUAGGCUUUAAAUGGUCCGAUGGUUCAGCCCUAAUUUAUGAAAACUGGGCUUAUGGAGAACCCAACAACUUCCAGGGCUUGGAACUGUGUGGAGAGCUGAGCACUGAUUACAGACUGUCCUGGAACGACAGGCACUGCGAACAUCCUGCAGACUGGAUCUGUGAACUGCGAAAAGGUGCAGUACUGAAACCAGAACCUACAAACCCACCAGCUGCAGCAUAUCAAUUGAGCAGUGAUGGCUGGCUGGUCCUAGGUGACAGGCAAUAUUAUGUAAGUAAGGAUGAAAUGACCAUGGAGAAGGCACGAGGGUUCUGUAAGAGUAAUUUUGGCGACCUGGUCACCAUCAAUGGAGAAGAAGAACGGAAAUAUCUGUGGAAAUAUAUCCUAAAGAAUGGGAAGAGUGAAGCAUACUUCAUUGGUUUACGUUUACAACUAGAUAAACAAUUUAAAUGGAUGGAUGGAUCUCCUAUAGAUUAUGUGGCUUGGGCAAGCUAUGAACCCAACUUUGCCAACAAUGACGAGAACUGUGUAGUGAUAUAUAAAACCCUAGGCUACUGGAAUGACAUAAACUGUGGUUAUCCAAACCCAUUCAUUUGUGAAAGGAAAACCAGCAACAUCAAUACAACACUUGUGCCGACAGCCCAACCACCCAAGGGCGGGUGCCCAUCAGAAUGGAUGGCUUUUGGGAAAAAGUGUUUUAGAAUAUACGGCCAGGAAAAUGAUGAAGUGGUGGAGUGGCACUCUGCAAGGUCAGCAUGUCAGCAGGCGGGAGGAAAUUUGGCUAGCAUAUCUGAUGAAUUGGAACAAGCUUUCCUGACUUACAACUUAAAAACUGUUAAGACUGAUGUCUGGAUUGGAAUGAACGAUGUCAAUGCAGAGCACAAAUUUCUAUGGACAGACCAGAGUGGAGUGCAUUAUACCAACUGGGCCAAAGGCCAUCCAUCUGGGAGCCAUAUUUACGUUCAUGAUGAUGAUACUGACUGUGUGGCUUUAAAAGCGGGUUUAUUGUUGGAUGCUGGGGCCUGGAUUGAAGAGGACUGUGACUUGGAUAAAGGAUAUAUAUGCCAAAAAUCUAAAGACCCCGCACUGGAGUUAAAAACAACGGUUCCUCCAGCCUCUAAUCAAUAUGAGUUUGGUGAUGCCACCUACAAGUUUGAGAAAAGGAAGAUGAAGUGGGAUGAGGCCCGGCGAAUGUGUAAAAACACUGACUCUGAGCUUACCAGCAUUUUAGAAGAGUACACGGCUUCCUUUAUAAAAGUGCAACUAAAUAAAUUUAAGGAACCUUUUUGGAUUGGACUUAAUAGUAAUAAGACGGACAAUCAGUUCAAAUGGAUUGACGGCUGGAAACUCCGUUACACAAAGUGGGCUUCCGGAGAACCGAAAAAAAAGAGUGCUUGUGUUUACAUAGAUAUUGACGGCCAGUGGAAGACAGCAUCCUGUGAUGAAAACUAUGCUUCAAUUUGCAAGCAGACAAGUGUUAUGGCUCCCACCGAACCACCUCAAAAGCCCGGAAAAUGCCCAGAUUCUUCAUCAAAAGCCUGGAUACCCUUCCGCGGCCAUUGCUAUCUUGUGGAAUCUUCAUUUAGCAAAAACUGGGCUCAGGCAUCUGUGGAAUGUCUUCGGCUAGGAGCCAAUUUGGUUUCAGUGGAAGAUCAGGUGGAAGCAGACUUUUUAUUUCACAGUACCGAGAUACUGGGUGACCGGGUUAACACCUUCUGGACUGGUUUAUACAGGAAUUUAGAAGGAAAAUGGCUUUGGCUGGACAACACUCCCUUGGACUACGUAAACUGGAACACCGGGGAACCGUCUGACCAAUCUGACGAGGACUGCGUAGAGAUGUACGCUACAAAAGGGACCUGGAAUAACGCGUUCUGCUCCUCUUACAGGGGAUUCAUUUGUAAAAAACUAAAAACUCCAGUACCAACAGAAAAGCCAAUAAAACCAGAGGAGUCCAAGGGAGAUCAGCAGAAGUCAUCACACGGUAUAACAGGGGGCGUAGUCAUACUUGUCAUAGUUGUCGUUGCCGGAAGCACCAUUGCAGUCUAUUAUCUGUACAAGAAGAAGCAGAAUAAGGCCCCUCCCCCAGAAGAAAGCUUUGACAACACACUAUACUUCAAUGGCAACCGCGUUCCCCCGACGAGUGACACCAACAUUCUUGUGGAUAAUAUUGAACAAAAUGAACGUGUUCAUUGAACAAUUUCUUCGUUUUAUGGAUGUAAAAAGUAAUUCCUAGGUGUGGAUGGACUCUAAAUCAGCUCUGAGAUUUUUAUUCAUUAUUCAGGGAAAAAUUCAACUCCAACUCCUUUGCUACUAUUAAAGUGUAACAUUACCUUUAAGCUCUCUUCUAGCC